AUGCUGAAGUUAUCAGUUGUUAUCGUAGCUCUGUUUAGUUUGAGCAUUGCCUACAAGCAGCACAGUUAUGUGACACAUGUGAAACAUAUUCCAUACAAGAAGUACGCGGGGAUGGAAAGCAUCCAGGAAGAAGGUCAGCAAGGCGGAAUGGAAGGACAGCAGGAAGGUGAACAAGGAGAAGGGCAAGAAGGAGGAAUCAUCAUGGGAGACGGUCAGGAAGGGGCCGAUUUAGGAAUGGAGAUGGGUGCCGGUGAGGGAAUGGGAGAAAUCGGUGGAGAAAUGGGUGUUCAAAAUCAGAUGCAAGGAGGACACCAGCAGGAUGAAUUUGGUCAGGAUUAUUAUACCUAUCCAAAGUACAAGUUUGAGUAUGGAGUUAAGGAUUACCACACCGGAGAUGACAAGAGCCAGUGGGAGAUUCGCGACGGUGAUUUCGUGAAGGGAGAGUACAGACUGGCCGAUGCUGAUGGUACACACAGAAUCGUCAGGUAUAAGGCCGAUGACCACAAUGGAUUCCAAGCUGAGGUGAAGCAGAUUGGCAAGGGAUUCGAACAUCAUGGAGGGCAGGACGAUGAACAGGGAGACAUUGGCGGUGGGCAUGCGUACAGCUACACCAAACUCAAACGGUACUUGUAA